AUGGGUCAAGCCGGUAAAGUUUUUGGUAAACAAAUCACUUAUUCAGUUUCACCAUUCCAACAAAAACUUUUUGUUAACUAUUUCAAAAAUGCUAUGCCACAUUUAAGAAGAGGUGUCAGAGAUAACUUCUGGGCUUCAGUUCCAUACAUGGCUGCUUUAUACAUCACCGUCAACUGGGCCAAUGAAACCUACCACAACGAAGCCAAAGAUCACUGGUAUUAA